AGCGGCGAUGGCGGGAAGGGGAAGAGGGGGGGGGGGGGGGGGGGGGAAGUUUGGCAAUAUGGCGGGCGGGCGUGGGGCCUUGAUCGUGCUGGAAGGGAUGGACCGUGCCGGGAAGAGCACGCAGAGCCGGCGGCUGGUCCAGGCACUGCAGGCAGCCGGGCACCGCGCCGAUCUGCUCCGCUUCCCGGAGAGGAGCACGGAGAUCGGGCGGCUGAUCGGCGCCUAUCUGCAGAGGGAGCGAGAGCUGGACGACCACGCCGUGCAUCUGCUGUUCGCCGCCAACCGCUGGGAGCACGUAACAUCGAUGAAGGAGAAGCUCCGUCAAGGUAUCACACUUGUGGUUGAUAGAUACGCCUUUUCUGGAGUGGCCUUCACGAGUGCCAAGGAGAACUUCUGCCUGGAGUGGUGCAAACAGGCUGAUGCUGGGCUCCCAAAGCCAGAUUUGAUCCUAUUUCUUCAAUUGAGCCCAGAGGAAGCAGCAGCACGAGGGAACUUUGGAAGCGAACGUUAUGAGAAUAGCCCCUUUCAAGAAAAAGUUCUACAAUCUUUCCGUCAUUUGAUGAAGGAGAAGACAUUAAACUGGAAGACAAUGGAUGCUUCGAAGAGCAUAGAAGACUUGCACAAUGAAAUCAAGACCGUUGCAGAGAAAACUAUGCAGGAGGUUAAGGAUAAACCCUUGGGAGAGCUCUGGAAAUAAAACAAUACAGGUCAUUCUCCGUCCUAAUGAAACCUCACCUCUUGGACCUUCCUUGGCUACAUGAUUCCUACUUCACCUUCCAGUAACUACAGCUUAGGUCACAAUGUAUUCUUAUGGGUCAAGCUUGUCCUUGUAACAUCCUCUGCUUCUCUUCCAUUCUGCAAAGUCCCCCGGGGGCUUGUUUGUUUUUUGCAAAUGACCAUGUAUUGAUUCUUUUUGAAACAAUUCCCCCAUACCUUAAAUUGUUGUAGGCUGUCCUUUAGUGCAGAAGUGGUGACUGAGCUGAGUUUCCACAAACAUGGACAGCUUUGGCAGGUGAGGAACAGCUUUCCCAUAUAUGAAGUUCCAUAGAGUGACCAUGUUUCUGCCUCUUUAGUGGAAUACAUCCCUGUACUGAACACAGCUUGUUUUUGAAUAAACUGCUCUUUUAAAUGUUUUGUACCACA